GCUUUUGAACUGAGUGUAUUUCGGUUUUUGUCUUGUAAAACACUCAUAUUAACCACUCACAUGUGUAAGCUGUUAAAAAGUUGCUUCGACAGGGAUUCUUAAGUAGUCUUGCCUAAACUUUUGUUUGCUUUAAAGCUUUAAAAGCGCAGGUUUGGAGAAACGUACAAAUAUGCUUUUUUUCAUACCUAGCAUAUUUUUGGAGGGCUUGACCUUCCCGACCUCCCUGAUUACUGCGUUCACUGCUGUGUUUCGCUGGGUGAGCUGACCGAUGAUAUUGGGCCGAUGUGAGGGGUUAGGUUUGGCUCAGCAGGCCUGCUGCUGCGGUGGUCCGCCCUGCUGUGGGUGGGUGUAGAGUUACUCAGCCCUCCCCCACUGCUUAUGUAGGCAUCGACAACAUUAGCUGUUUAAGGCAGGCCAAAGCUACAUCAUUUCAUUUCAGACUCGUUUAGACGAUUAGAUGCGCCUAGACCAUGUACUAAAGAUACAGAGGCAGCGAGAGCCGCCAGUAAAUUACAACUACGCGCUUGUUGUGAACCGUGUGUUUCAGUCCUUUGAUUUUGCACUUGUGAACACUAUGACUGACCUUUGUUAGUGGUGUUCUUUACACAAGAAGAAGAAACUAAUGCACUUCAGCACCUUUUCGGAGACCUCUGUGAGCGGCUCCAGCAGCUGAUGACCAAAGAGCUCCAUCCUCAGCCACUAGCAGGCCCACUCCUCUCCCAGCGUCCUCACCAUGUUCCAGAGGUUCACCAGCAUCCUGUUUGGAGACGCCAUGGAGGAGGCCAGUGGAUGUCCUGCAGAUGUGGGCUUUAAUGAAAAUGAAGACGACGAGGAGUGGAUCCUUGUUGAUUACCUUGCGGAGGCUUGCUCCAGUGCCUGCGGGGAUGGGCUGGUGGAGGUCUGCUCAGAGGACGUGGCUGGCCCAGACUGCCCUCUGCGCUGCUCUUCCUGCUCCUCUCUGGACUCUGUGGCAGACACAGACCCUGAGGAUGGGGGUUUCCUGAGGCUUGAUGAAGCGUGUGAUCUGGAGGAGAGCUGGUUCAUCACCCCACCACCCUGCUUCACUGCAGGAGGCAGGGCUCCAGUGCUGCUGGAGACCAGUCCUCUGGAGAACCUUCUGAUCGAGCACCCCAGCAUGUCUGUGUACGCUGUGCACAGCUCCCGCCACCGCCCCACCAAGGACAACUCCUGCGAGCCCACCAUCCUCAGGACUGAAGUUCAGCGCAGGCCGAGUCAUCCCUCUGACUGCUAUGCAGCCACUCUCACUGCCACCCGUGCCGGCUUCCUGGAGCAGGCCAAAAACAGUCGCCUGGCUCAGAGGAUCCGUGAAAACGUGGAGCGCCAACAGCUGUCCCGCAAUGCCCUCCGCCGCCUUAACCUGCUCCGUGACGGGGGAGCCAGGCAGGCCAAAGCCACCGCAGGCCACGUUCACCAGCCCGGGCAGAGGCAGUACAACUACUGAGGCUGUCCCCACUGUGCUCCACCAAACAACUCCCUGUAGUAGCCCACCUCCACUGGUAAUCAAGCCUUUUCCACAGAUGGAACGGAGUCCUUCAAAAUCAGUAGCAUAGGUCACUUUACUCCAGCGCAGGUACCGGUCUGCUUGAGCGUAUGUCCAAAUCAGGCGCCGUUCGGCUCUGUGGCUCCUUCCUGGAUGGCAUUGUAUUGUAAUUGUCACGAAUCCUGCAGUGGAUAAUGUUCCAAGGUGUUUGUGUGUACUUCCUUCAACAUCCACAGCUCCAUCUGGUGUGACUGAGAAGUGCAUUUAUUUUGCAUUCUGUAAUUCCAUUGAACAUGCAGGAAGUCUGUAUUUCUGCCUUACUUACUUCAGAACAUCUAAUGUCUUUCUGUAAAGCCAUAUUUCUUUUUGUUUUUUUAAUCACAGUAGUAAACUAAUCAGCAGCACCUCUCUGGAUAAGAGUGAGGCGGCCUACUUUGUCUCUUUUAUUAGGUGUAUUGUCACUAAAAGCCUUGUUUUAGCAGUAGAUUCCACAAUGUGUAAAAUUCUAUUUAAAAAAUAAAUUCCCGAAUAUUUUUAAAAGGAAAAAAAAAUAUUGAUGAUAUUACAUAUCAGUAUGAAGUUGUUAUCUGCAGUGUAAGGUAUGUAAGUAAAAAGCAUUGUUUUUCUUAUGAUAGUGUGCAGUUGUUGUAUGACUGUGUAGUGCUAGUCUUGAAACGGAUGUAUAAAACAAAACUAAAGCGUAGUUUUAUUGUAAUAUAUAUAUUUUUUAAAAUCAUCGUUCACUCUGAAUCUGCAGUACACUUCUCAGGGUCUUAUCAGUUCACCUGUACUCUUUGCUAAAAUGCAGAUUACUUGACAAAUGUGUUAAUUAUCUUUGUACAUACUGGAGAACCUCUAAAUUUGUCAUUGUGUGCAUUGCCUUGUGGAAAUGUUUGUAAUUAAUGAUCAUUUUAAGCAAAAUUGAAUGCUCGCUUGUCCUAGGACUGUGAAAACACUUUUCUUGAUUGACUGUUAAGACCUGCAAACAUGGAGUAAAACUGUUAGUCUUCUUCUUUUUCAGAAAUGUUUUGAUUUCUUCACACUAUAGUGACCUUUCCAUGGUUUCGUUGUAUGCCUUAUGUUUGAUCAGUUACAUGAAAAUGUCAUAUUUGGUGAAGUUAAUAUUUAAACCCAGCGUAGCAGAAAUGUUAGUCUGGUAGUGUUUGAAAUGUUUUUUUUUUUUUAAAACGUGUUCUCUGAUCUGGCAAAUCUGGCAUUGUGAAUUUCUGACGACUGCCGAGCUCAGGGUCUCAGACAAUUGAAUGGACUGCUAGAUAUGAAGUGCAGACUAGACUCAAAGGAAUAUUCAUGAUCUCCUGUGAACGUGAGUCUGGUCUUGAUUUGUCACUGUAUGACUUGUAAGACAUUGUUUCUGCGGACAGACGUAGGAUGUAGACAUGUUGUUCUGCGUGAUAUGAGUUUCCCUCGCCCCAUUACCCUGUUCGUUUCACUCUUUUUGAUUUUAUUUCUAGAAAAUGUAACAGACAAUGCAUUGUUUCUGCAGUUAAAGGGACUGUUGAGUGAUGCAGCCGUUUCCCCAUUUUCCCACGUAUCUCUGUCUGGAAGAGCAGCUUUUCCCUUUUUCUUCAGUAGCCUGACUUUUAAUGUUUAAAAACAGGGAUUUUGUUUUGCCUUGAAAUGUCUUGAGGAUCUUGUGCCUUCCAGGUUAAACAGUGCAACAAUGCAUCAAUCACGAACUUGAAAACCUGUCCAAAGGGACAAAGGGACAGCAAAUGACUAUGCACAGGGGAAUAAACUUGUCUCUGUGAGCCACUCACUCUGUACAACGUUUUACAUGCUAAUGUAGCAAAUGUUCUUUCUGUGUUCACAUGCGAAGAAUAGUUUGCGUGGCAUAGUGAUAGGCUAUGCUUUCAUUCAUUUUUAGUUUACUGGAAUAAUGCAGCACUUUGCCAAAGGAGUAGGUGUUUUUAGCAACAUUUUGUUCUCCUUUCUUACAUUUUGGACUCAUACAAAAUGUACACCAACUUCUCUCUCUCUCUCUCUCUUUUUGUUUUUUUUGUGACCACCAUAAUUAAUAUCAGUUUUAGUUGUGUUCAAAACAGCCACUUGUCAGUAUAAUUUAUGUGCAUUUAUUUUUCAAUAAAUGUUUUCGUACAGAUUUUAAAA